AUGUGGCUUAUCAAUGUCAACACGCUCAAGCUAGAGGAGUUCAUCGAGCCGGACUUCCCAUACGCAAUUCUCUCUCAUACCUGGGGCCGCGAAGAAGUGUCUUUCCAGGAACUCAGGACUCAAAACGACGAGAACGUCUGGAGAAAACCCGGGCAUUUCAAAAUAUACCAUACGUGCCGAAUUGCCAAAUCCCUCGACCUAGACUACGCAUGGAUCGACACUUGCUGCAUCGACAAAACAUCCAGCGCUGAACUAUCCGAGGCAAUCAAUUCCAUGUUCCGCUGGUACAACCGUUCAUGGGUCUGUUUCGCCUACCUUUCCGAUAUGGAAGAUGUGGCUAGCUCGGCCACAUUUGUCGGAAACUUGAGGGUUUCUCGGUGGUUCACACGGGGUUGGACUCUCCAAGAGCUGAUUGCGCCAAAGGCGAUCACUUUCUAUAAUGCGUCCUGGCAGCUGCUCGGUUCCAAAGAGACUUUGUCCCGCUUCUUAUCAGACAUCGCCGGUAUAGACGAAGCCAUCCUUACUGGCAAGGCUCCCCUCCUCAAAGUCCCUGUCGCAACCCGCAUGUCGUGGGCCUCCAAACGCCAGACUACUCGGACCGAAGACUCUGCCUACUGUCUGCUAGGGAUUUUCGAUAUCAGCAUGCCCUUAUUAUACGGCGAAGGUGGGAAAGCCUUUGCACGGCUGCAGUCUGAGAUUCUGCAAGAAACUCAAGACCUAUCCCUAAUCGCAUGGACCUCGGACGCCAGAGACCAAGAGAGGCGACAAGAAUACAGUGGUUUUCUUGCAAACUCGCCAUUGGACUUUGUUGCGUGCUCGAAUAUGACCGUGGUCAAGGAAUCACGGGCGACCAAAGACAUCGAAAUUGUCGUAACAAGAACUACGCUGUCGAUCACAGCCGCGCUUGGAAGACAAGACUACGAAGAUGAUUGA